GACAGGGGCUCUGGUGACGGGCCUGGUACCCCUCUGCUUCCUCCCCUUCCUGGCUGUCGCUCCCCUGCCCGACGCCGCUUCCCAGUCGUUCCUGGUGGCGGCAGAUCACCGUCUCCCGUGCCACCUGUCGGAGACGUAGCAGGGAAGCCCACCAGGGGGACCCGCGGGCGUUGGCCGCUUUUGUGCUGGCAUUUAAAAAUCCGCUGGCUUGCCAAGCGGUUAGGAGCACAGACCUCGGAGCCUGACAGAUCUGGGCGACGCUGCGGGUGCAUCCAGACUUUAAGCACUUGGGUGUUAACAAAGCCCAAAACAAAAAGGGCCAAGAGAUUCCUUGAGAAGAGAGAACCGAAGCUGAGUGAAAAUAUUAAAAAUGCCAUGCUGAUUAAAGGGGGCAACGCAAAUGCAACAGUAACACAAGUGCUUAGAGAUGUGUAUGCACUGAAAAAACCAUAUGGUAUACUGUAUAAAAAGAAAAAUAUUACAAGACCAUUUGAAGAUCAGACAUCACUGGAAUUCUUUUCAAAGAAGUCAGAUUGUUCUUUAUUCAUGUUUGGCUCCCAUAAUAAGAAGCGACCUAAUAAUCUAGUUCUGGGUCGUAUGUAUGACUACCACGUGCUGGAUAUGAUUGAAUUAGGAAUUGAGAAGUUUGUCUCUCUAAAAGAUAUUAAGAAUAGUAAAUGUCCUGAGGGCACGAAACCCAUGUUGAUAUUUGCUGGUGAUGAUUUUGAUGCAACAGAAGACUAUAGAAGACUAAAAAGUCUUCUUAUUGAUUUCUUCAGAGGCCCCACAGUACCAAAUAUUCGCCUGGCUGGGUUGGAGUAUGUUCUGCACUUCACUGCACUGAACGGGAAGAUUUACUUUCGAAGCUAUAAGUUGCUCUUGAAGAAAUCUGGUUGCAGAACGCCUCGGAUUGAAUUAGAAGAGAUGGGACCCUCACUGGAUCUGGUUCUGAGGAGGACGCACUUAGCAUCCGAUGACCUUUAUAAAUUAUCCAUGAAAAUGCCCAAAGCUCUCAAGCCAAAGAAGAAGAAAAAUAUCUCCCAUGAUACUUUUGGUACAACUUACGGAAGGAUUCAUAUGCAGAAGCAAGACCUAAGCAAACUACAAACCAGGAAGAUGAAGGGGUUGAAGAAGCGACCUGCAGAAAGGAUAACAGAAAACCAGGAGGAAAAAUCAAAGAGAGUUAAAAAAGAUUGAUGGAAUUUAGCCAACAGAUAUGGCUUUAUUUUAGUCUGUUUACUUAAGAGAAUUGUCAAGCUUCAGUCAAUUCAGAGUUUCUUAUAAGAUUUUAUUGUAUAUUUUUAUAACAUAAUAACUUACUCUAUAUUAUUGUGGACAGUAAUGUACUGGUGUUAAGUUUGAGCCUCCUCCCUCUGAUGUUACACCCUGGUAUGCUGUUUUCUCUCUAUGAUAUGACAUCUGCCUUCCUAAAACUCUUCUCUCUCAUUGGGUGAGAGAGGAGGGAUCUUCACAACCAUUGGUGUUUUUAAAAAAAUUCUGGAUGGGACAUUUUAGAUAAACAGAGACAGCCUUGGAAAGCAGAAAGAACCCAAAGGAGCUGUAUAAACAUUUGAGAUAAAAACCUAGCCCCAUUUCCCAAUAUGUAUCUAUGACCUGAUUUUUAUUUUUUACUUUUCUGUUAUUCUGCCUGAAAUCCUACCAGUUAAAAGAUUGAUUUGAUAUUUUAAGCUUUGUGUCUUAAAAUAUAAAUGUCUGAGAGGGUUGUCCACUACGUGAUGUUGGCACCUUACCUUACUAUUGAUUGUUUCAGUUGAUUCUGCCGUUAGGUGGAGUCCCUCUUAGAAAGGAGGUAAAAGGAACAAAUGAGUUUUAGGUCACAGGGUGCUUCAGGGAGCUGGUUAUUCCUGGACAGCUGCAGGUUGUGUGAAAGCGCUCACAGGCGGAGUAGAAGUCAGCCAAAGCCUGACAGCUUAUUUUGAAAAGUUCUUGAAGCCCAGCUCUGUGCUGAGGAAAACAGGAAGAAUCUUGCUGGUUUUGCAUACUUGCUUCCCCAGAGUGGAGAAUUUAAGUUCCUUGAUUCUCUGGCAGAUACACUUGUUUCUACAAGUACAAGCCAGUUCUGUUGUAAAAACACAAACAUACAUAAACUGUAAUUUGUUUCAUGAUAUAGGAGCGCUCUUGUUUUUAAUUCCAUGUCAGAGAGCUCCCCAGUGCUUGUGUGUGCAUACAUUUAUGUACAGGUGGUGCUGACAACAAGCAAAAGCUAGAGCCUCAGUUUAACUUUGCAUCUCUUCCCUUCUUGUGGGAACCCAUUCCUUGGCCUUCCCUCUGCCUGUUCCACAAACGAGGGAGCUGAGGUCAGCGCUGGCACAAUGGUUUAAGCCACUGCCUGCAAUGCCAACAUCCUACAUGGGUGCUGGUUCAAGUCCCAGCUGCUCUACUUUCCAUCCAGCUCCCUGCAAAUGCACCUGGGAAAGCAGCAGAAGAUGGCCUAAGUGCUUGGGCCCCUGCACCCAUGUGGGAGACCCAGAAGAAGCUCCUGGCUUCUACCUAGUCCAGCCUCGGGGCCAUUGUGGCCAUCUGGAGUUGAACCAGUGGAUGGAAAAUCUCUUUCUCUCUCUCUUUCUCUCUCCCUAUCUCCCUUCUCCCCAUAACUCUUUUAAAUAAAUCUUUAAAAAAAAUUGUGGGAGCUGACAUCACUCAUUUAUACUUGUUGCUUGAUUAUACGUUUAGCCAAAAGCCGCAAAGCCUUGUGUCUGAACCAGAUAUUCGCAUCUAAUGUCUGAAUGAGGGGAAAUGGGUAACAUAGUUCUUUUCCUGAAUGAAAAGGGAGUCAGAAACAGUGGGUGCACAGUCCUCCCCCAGUGCCUGGCCCCUGGCUGGUCCAGCUAAUGCCCAUUCACGAGGCGGCGUAAUGGGCCCUCCUCACUGGCCGCUUACGGGACCCCCUCCCUGCCUCGCUUGCCCCGUCAGGAAGACCUCUGCUAGCACUCACUGCCUGCUGACGUGAGCCAGUCUUAACUGAAGAUGGCCAUCUUCUGGUGUGUGGGGUAUUGUCUUAUGGCUGGGUUUGUGUUUGUUUUAGUAAGUAACCUUUCUGUUUGAUUUGCUACCACAUCCAUCUGUUUCCUGUGUGUUAGUGUCUGGUAAGUUGAAGUGAGUCCUCUUUGCUAGGCGAAGCCUUACGUAGUAUUAUUGAAAUCUAGCAGACUUUUUUUGUUGAAAAGUCUUUUUCUCAUAAUUGUUGAAACAUCUUGGAACCCUUGCUUCACUGUUUGUGUGACUUGCUAUGGAAGGUACAUUCUAAUUUCCUCCUGACCUUGAACUUGGGACACACCAUAUGUAAAUUGGAGACUGCGUGUUGGUUCCUGUGGAGGCAGUGACUUGCCUGUCUUGAAGUUCUGCUUAACUUUGGAUAGCCAAUCCCCCAUUAACUUUUUAUAUCUAACUCUUGUGUUUUCUGCAGUGUCAGUACCAAGCUAUUUCUGAUUUCAUCAAAUUUUGUUCCCUUCUUAAAAGCUGAAAUACUGAUGUUGUUUUCUUGGCAUUGAACAUAACCCGUAGUAUGGAUGUUAAUACUUCAUUCAGGAAAAGAAGGGAUGGAGCAAAACUUACUCGCGUAGGCUUUGAUCCUAUCAGAAUAUAAUGACUUCUGCUUUCUCCUUUCCAUGUUUAGCUACUUCAGGUCCCCUCAGAAGGUGGGCCAUGAAAGAGUGAAACAAAACAUAAAGUGGCGGAAGGUAAAAACCGCCAACAUCACUGCUGAAGUUGGGCCAACAAAGGAAGUUUUGUUUUUAUUGUUAGAAAUUUUUUAGAAAAUUUGCCUAUCAUAAAGUUCAGAGUGAAAAACAAUAAAUGUCUUUAUUAUGUUCUUAAUGCAUCCCCUACCUGCAUUAAAGCAGAUGUAUUAGGGCUGUCAUUUUGGGGUAGUAGAUUAAGCCAGUGCUGGUUCAAGUCUUUGCUCUACUUCUGAUCCAGCUCCCUGCUGAUGUACUGGGGAAAGCAGCAGCAGAUGACCAAGGUGGGAGACCCAAUGAAGCUCCUGGCUUCAGCCUGGCCCAACCCUGGCCAUUGCAGCCAUGUGGGGAGUCAGCCAGCGGAUAGAAGAUCUCUCACUCUCUGUCUCUCUCUGACUAUCAAAUAAAUAAAUCUGUAGAACAGCUUUUUUUUUUUUUUAACAUAACCAAAUUACCCAUUUAUGAAAGUAUGUUGAAUAGAAUUUCACAUUCAUUGAAGUAAAUGACUGAGAAAAGAUAAAAUGAGCAUGCUAGCUUGAGGUGUAUAUUAACUGGGAGAAGAAAGUCAAUUUGCUCUCCAGUGUUAGUUGUUUUCCUCAUAGCAACAGCUUGAAUCAUUCCAGUUUAAAAACACCAACGAUGGCACAACGAUGUAUUUCCUAUAGCAUUUAGAGGAUGCUGCUUAGGCCAUGUGAAAGAUUUUGAACAUGUCUUGGUUGAAUUGGUGCUAUUUUGCAUACUUUUUCAAUUUCAGAACCCUUUGGGAAAAGUCUUAAAAUACGAUGUGAAUGCAUUUUAAUUUUGUUCUUGUUCUGCUUCCUUUAAACGAUUUCUACCCAUCUGUCUCCAGCCAGUCUUGCCCUCACCCCCAUCCUCCAGGAAUCAAAAAGUACCUUCCAAGCACAGGGAGCAGCGUCUGGUUUUGGUCCCACUACUGAACAAGGCUGGAUGUUAGCUUGGGUGCCCCCAGAGGUCCAUGUGUUAAAGGCGUGGUCCCCACAAUCUGGAUGGCAGUGAGAGUGGAAACCUGCUCUGAUUUCGAGGGUGCAAGGGAGAGUUUUGGGAAGUGAUUGGGUUGGGUUGUUCAGGUGAUCAAAUCAUGGUGGCUUUGCAAGGAGGGUGUAAAUCGGCUCCCUUGCCAAGUCAUGCACUGUGACACCUAGGAACUCUGCCAGGAAGAAUGGCCUCACCACAUGCCCAGCUGGUGGGGCACCCAGUCUUGGGUUGUGAACCUCCAGGACUGAGAGGCAAAAUAAACCUUUUAUGUAUGAAGGUGGCUUCCCCUAGGAAUUCUGUGAAAAGCUGACUAAUACAGGUGGGAAUGGCGAAGCAUCUGGAAUUCAGCAGUUGAGGCUUCUACCCGGCAAAGAUCAAAGCCCCAGACCUUUAGGUGCUUCUGUGGACUGGGGUUGAUUCCCUAAGCUCAAAAGCAUGUUUCUUUUUUUUUUUUUUUGACAGGCAGAAUGGACAGUGAGAGAGAGAGAGACAGAGAGAAAGGUCUUCCUUUUUGCCGUUGGUUCACCCUCCAAUGGCCACUGUGGCAGGCGCAUCACACUGAUCCGAAGCCAGGAGCCAGGUGCUUCUCCUGGUCUCCCAUGCGGGUGCAGGACCCAAGCACUUGGGCCAUCCUCCACUGCCUUCCCGGGCCAUAGCAGAGAGCUGGCCUGGAAGAGGGGCAACCGGGAUAGAAUCCGGCGCCCCAACCGGGACUAGAACCUGGUGUGCCGGCGCCGCAAGGCGGAGGAUUAGCCUGUUAAGCCAUGGCGCCGGCCAAAAGCGUGUUUCUGAGGGUGCAGACACAAGCUGCUGAGUGGGAAGGCACCUGUAGCCAAUGUUAGAGGCAGGCUGAGGCUGAGGCUGAGGCAGGUGCUCGGCCAACUCUCUGUCCAUCAAACUGCACAGGGGAGCUCAGGGUUCUGGAAGGCAAAGCACAACCUCUGUAACUGCUGUGUUUGAGAUGGACUUUGAAGAUGCCUGUUCAUCAGCUUGAGCAGUUUGUUUUCCCAGUCCCUGACUGGUUCUCUGAGUCAGCUGAUAAGGCAGGUGCAUGGUGAUUUGGCUGAGACAUUACUUGAGGAGACACAACUUCCAGCACCACCUCUGGCUCUGCCUUUCAGAGUACCUGGAGUGUCUGACCCUGGGAACAGAGCAUGCAAAUUUCCGUUUCCAUCCAUGGGGCUUGUUCAAAGCCACUGUAUGCCACAAAUAUGUCUUGAAUUUUAUCCUCAGCAUCUCCCUCUAUUUAGGCGAAAGAUUAGCCAGAAGCUUGGAAAAUCAAUUAGUAAAGGCCUAGUAGCACAGGAACUUCCUAAAAGCUGACUUCUGGCUGCAGAUUCACAAUAUGGAGGAGGAUGUGGGGGUCACGGCCAGCGGGUACUGUGUUGUUGGGACCUGGGUGACGGCACUGAAAGGAACCCACACACCUGUUGCUCUCUGAGAGCCCAGCUGGAGCUUUAAAGGACAGGGACCCCAGGUUAUGGGCAGCACCAGUCAUUGGCAUGGAUCCCUAAGAGAAGUGUUUUUUAAAAAAGUCUUUUUUUUUCCAGAAAUACAGUAAGUGAAGCUUUGUUUUUAUGGUAGCAGUUAGUAGUGUGGUGAAGGGUUUCAGAAGGGGAUCUGAUAAAGCAGGUGCAAUACAAUUCUUAUUUCUGUUCUUAGCUUUCCGGCAGAAAGUACUGACCUUAACUCAAGGCAGGUGAGACGUGGGAUGGAAAGCACAUGGCCAAGUCUCAUUCCUGGAGAGGCGCAAUCACUUAAUCCUGAAAGAAGCGUGGGAACUGGAAUGAGGCAGGGAACUGGUGACAAGUGGAUACCUUCUAGUUUUGACCCUGGCGAUGUUAACAUGUGUUAGGAGUUCUCAGAGUGGGAGGAGCCACCAUGGGUUCCCUGGGAGCUAAGAGUUGUCAACUGAGGGCAUUUCCUCUUUUAAAAGGAGGACUGUGCUUGCCUGGGUGAUAGGGAAAUAGUGUUUUAGGCACUGUGAUAGAAUUAUAUUGCAUUGCUUAUAAUUU